AUGACCAACGCCUGCGGUUCUGGCAGCGAAAUGGCGACACGCAGCGGUUCUGCCGAGGGUGGAUCUGCCAGCGGCUUGGGCAGUUGCCCGGGCGAUUUGCUGGAGGUGGACGGAUUUCGAGGCCUCGAGGUUGGCAUGACUACGAGACAAGUAACCGAUCCAGGCCCUGGACGUCUGGGUGUGGCAAUCAGGCCACGCGGCAACCCGGCACAUCAGGUCUAUGCCCACCAGACGGUCUACGGACACGAGAGCGAGGAGGACGGCGCUGCCAUCCAGUCGGAGAUCAUCGCGCCGUUGGGCGGAAGUCUGGUGAGCGGUGUCUAUGACUGCCGGACAUUUCAAGAGGGGGCGCUGAGUCCGAGCACCGGAGGGCAGAGGGGGGCUGUGUCCGGUUUCCGAGCGCCUACUUUGGCCUCCGGGGUCGACCCGCACUUGGCCACUUUUGUCGACUUUUCUCUACUCCGAUCGGCCUCGGUCGACGAGCCCGAGUCCGCCUGCUCGGUCCUCGGGCCCGGACGCAGGUCGAGGCUUACGGUGUUGCCGAUCGCCACGUCCGCCGCGUCCGCCGCGUCCGCCGCGGUCACCGGCGACUCGGGCGUUGAGAGAUUGACGGACCAUCCGAAAACCGGCGCUCGAACUGACGAGGUCGGGUUCGCACCGAAGGAGCACCAUUUGCCGGGAAGACACAAAUCGGUGGAGAGUCUGACACCUUCGUUGAUUGAACCGCCGGUCUCGUUUCGCACCGCUCCGGCAGAUGCACCCGUGCCCGCCGGUCUUGAUUCGAACCAGACGCCUGCCUCUUCAGUCUCCUCUUCUUCCUCUUCUACCUCCUCCGCCUCGUCCUCAUCGUCCUCGUCUCCGGCGUCGUCUGGCCUCUCCGUCACGGAGGAGGUGAGACGGCUGGACAGACUGCCGCAUCGAAACAAUCAAGAACCGCCCGAUGGCCGUGAAGAGCUGCCCUCCUCCGCGGUCGUCAAGACGACUCAUCUUCGACUCGUCUCAGCCGACAUUGAGAUGCUGCCAACUCCGCCUCAGAUGCCCCCGCUUCGCCAUCACAUGACGGCCGCUUGA